AUGUACUCGCCACGCGUGGUCAUCAUCGGCGCUGGUAUUGUCGGUACCAACGUUGCUGACGAGCUGGUCGCACGAGGAUGGACCAACAUCACAGUGGUCGACCAAGGCCCCCUGGACAUGCCUGGAGGUUCCACAUCACACGCUCCCGGUCUUGUCUUCCAAACAAAUGUCUGCAAGACCAUGACCCUGUUCGCAAAAUACACAGUUGAGAAGCUCAAAGCCUUGGAAGAAGACGGCGAGAACUGCUUCAACCAGGUUGGUGGUCUCGAGAUUGCCACAGAUGAGGCACGUUUGGCAGAAAUCAAGCGCAAGCAUGGUUAUGCACAGUCUUGGGGCAUCGAAGCGCACCUUAUCAGCCCCGAAGAGUGUAUGGAGAAGUACCCGUUAUUGAACAAGGAGCAAGUCCUCGGCGGUCUUCACAUUCCCACGGAUGGUCUUGCCAAGGCUGCUCGUGCUGUUCAGCUCCUCAUCAACCGUACUCGCAAGGCCGGCGUACAAUACAUCGACAAGACGCCAGUUACUGGAAUUGCAAAGGCUGAUGGUCAUGUUACUGGUGUAGAGACACCUAACGGCACCAUCCCCGCUGACAUCGUCGUUUCAUGUGCCGGUUUCUGGGGAGUCGAGAUUGGUGCCAUGAUUGGCCUCCCUAUCCCUCUUCUUCCUCUGGCUCACCAAUACGUCAAGACUACCUCUGUGCCCGCACUGGCAAAACGCAACAACCCUGAAGGUGGCGCAUCAUUGCCCAUUCUCCGCUACCAAGACCAAGAUCUGUACUACCGCGAGCAUGGUGACCAGUACGGUAUUGGUUACUAUGGCCACAAGCCCAUGCCUGUCGUAGCCGCAUCCCUAGGUGUCACUCCUGAGAAGGUUGACCACAAGAACAUGCCCUCUCGUCUCGAAUUCACCCGCGAAGAUUUCGAGCCCGCAUGGGAGCUCUCCAAGAAGUUCCUUCCUUGCAUGGAUGAAGUCGAGAUUGAGGACGGCUUCAACGGUAUCUUCUCCUUCACACCUGAUGGUGGCUCUCUUGUGGGCCAUGCACCAAACCUCGAGGGCUUCUACGUCGCCGAAGCAGUCUGGGUUACACACUCCGCUGGUAUUGCCCGCGCUGUUGCCGAGGUUUUGACCACCGGAAAGAGUCAGAUCGAUCUUGGAGCUGUCGAGCUCAACCGCUUCGAAGAGGUUCAGUUGACUAGCUCCUACGUCAAGGAGACUUCCAUGCAGAACUUUGUCGAGAUCUACGACAUCAUGCACCCACUUCAGCCUCGCGAGUCUCCUCGCAACCUCCGCGUCAGCCCCUUCCAUGCUCGCCAGAAGGAGCUAGGUGCUUACUUCCUAGAAGGUGGUGCUUGGGAACGUCCUUACUGGUUCGAGGCCAACGAGAAAUUGGUCAAGGAUCUGCCCGAGGAAUGGAAGCCCAAGGACCGUGAUGCAUGGUCUUCAAGAUACUACAGCCCAAUUGCUGCAGCAGAAGCAUGGAAGACGAGAACCGCGGCAGCAAUGUACGACAUGACACCGCUGCGUCGUUUGGAAGUCUACGGUCCUGGUGCUGUCGACCUAUUGCAGCGUGUGAGCACUGGUGAUGUUGGAAAGAAGCCUGGCGCCGUCACAUACACACUUUGGCUUGACGACAGAGGUGGCAUCAAGAGUGAUGUUACUGUUGCCAGAAUUGAGGAUCAGUUGUUCCAGGUUGGCUGCAACGGCCCUGUCGAUCUCGUCUUCCUCAACAAGGAAGCCGCCAAGCAGAUGCAAGAAGACCCUACAAAAUGGUGCACAAUCCGCGAUAUUACUUCCGGAACCUGCUGUAUCGGUCUCUGGGGUCCCAAGGUCAGAGAGAUUAUCAGCAAGGUCAGCCAGGACGACUUCUCGAGCACAGCCAAGGGUCUGCGUUACUUCCGUACCAAGCGUGCAUACAUUGCCGGUAUCCCUGUAACCAUCAUGCGGUUGUCGUAUGUAGGAGAGCUUGGUUGGGAGAUCUACACCACAGCCGACCGCGGUCAAGCGCUGUGGGAUGCACUCUGGGAGGCAGGACAAGAACAAGGCAUCAUUGCUGCUGGCCGUACUGCCUUUAACGCACUGAGACUGGAAAAGGGCUACAGAUCCUGGGGAUCUGACAUGAACACUGAGCACGACCCUUACGAGGCAGGUGUUGGCUUCGCCGUCAAGGCAGGCAAGGUUGGCUACUACGGCCAAGCCGCCCUCGAGGGACGCUCAGUCGAGACAGCCAAGAAGCGUCUACGCUGCCUGGUCGUUGACGAUGGUUCCUCGGUUGUACUUGGCAGAGAACCAGUGUUCGUUGGCGGCAAGCCCAGCGGAUACGUCACCAGUGCAGCAUUCGCAUACACAAUCGGCAAGCCUAUUGCUUAUGCAUGGCUGCCAAGCUCGAUCAACGAGGAUGACAAGGUGGAGAUUGAGUACUUCGGCAAGAGGAUCGAGGCUACGGUUACUGCCGAGCCAUUGUUCGAUCCUUCCAUGUCACGUCUGCGUGGUUAG